AUGAACACGCGUGCGACGAUGUUGGAUACAAGAUUCGACGAUGCCAAUGCCGAUGCCGAUACCGAUUCGUUAGAAAGACGACAGACGACGUCGACAACGAGCGAUUCGCAAGCGAACAUGACUCAGUGGAACACGGAUACUUCAGCAGCCUGCAUGACAGCAUUGUCUCAGCUCGUAGCCGCGUCGAACCCCUCGGGAACAGCCGUCUGCUAUAAUCUAUUCAGUCUCGACACGAACGACGGCACAUUCAUGGCUGACUUGCGCCUCUUCCAAAUAUCAACACCUUCCGGAGAUUUUGAAGGUAUCCCUCCAGAGGACAUCUCCGUUGGACUUCAAUACAACGGGGCGUCUGUCUCGCCAGUUGGCGAAGGGGCGCAAUCUGCGAAUGUCACUAAGCGACAGAGCUCGACACCUACGCUGCUCCAGACGUACAUGUUUGUUGGUCAAAUAGAUAAGGCCCAAAUGGCUCAACCUAUGACGAUGGGUGUGCUAGAGGCGUUGGUGAUGCCGAUCGUGACAUUGUCGGGAAAGAACUUAGCAGGCCAGCAAGUUAGCACGAAUGUCUCUUCUAAUGAGGCUGCCUUCGUCAACGGCAUAUUUUCGACCGAUGUUGUCAUGUCUGAUUUUACACUCGCUUCGGUAGCGGUCCAGAACAUCACGGCCCAACUGCAGGAAGGGACAGUCGCCUUCGUCUUACCUGGUGUUAACAUCCUAAUCUUCCCAGUGGGCCUAAUUAUCACCAGCAUCUGGUUGGUGAUUGGAUUUGGAUUUUAUGCGUUUGGUACGUACGAGCGAUACAAUUACCGGGAUGCGUAUAGGAGGCGAAAGGCAAGAGCUGAAGGCAAACCCGCCAAUGCGAGAAUAUAA